GGAAGCGGGUCGCCGGGGGAGGAGGCGGCGGGAUGGAAGCAGACGCUGGCGUCGCGCGAGCCCCGGCCAGGGCGGCGCGGUAGAGAGGGCGGCGGCGCGCGCGGAGCCUUGACGUGCGCCUUUCUUUCUUCUCUCUCUGGCAAGCUGGGAAGCAUGAGCGUGCAGACCUGCUGCUGCGGCGGCCGCCCCGGCUCCUUGCCUCCCCGUUUUCUGGCCGCCCCUCGCCGGUGAGAGAAGAGAACGCGAGAAGGGAAGAUGGGGGCCGUCCUGAGGAGCCUCCUGGCCUGCAGUUUCUGCGUGCUUCUGAGAGCGGCCCCUUUGUUGCUUUAUGCAAACAGACGGGACUUACGAUUGGUUGAUGCUACAAAUGGCAAAGAGAAUGCUACGAUUGUAGUUGGGGGCUUGGAGGAUGCAGCUGCGGUGGACUUUGUGUUUGGUCAUGGCUUGAUAUACUGGAGUGAUGUCAGCGAAGAAGCCAUUAAACGAACAGAGUUUAACAAAACUGAGAGUGUACAGAAUGUUGUCGUUUCUGGAUUAUUGUCUCCUGAUGGGCUGGCAUGUGAUUGGCUUGGAGAAAAAUUGUACUGGACAGAUUCUGAAACUAAUCGGAUUGAAGUUUCUAAUCUAGAUGGAUCUUUACGAAAAGUUUUAUUUUGGCAAGAGUUGGAUCAACCUAGAGCUAUUGCCUUAGAUCCUUCCAGUGGAUUCAUAUACUGGACAGACUGGGGAGAAGUACCAAAGAUAGAACGUGCUGGAAUGGAUGGUUCAAGUCGCUUCAUUAUAAUAAACACUGAAAUUUACUGGCCAAAUGGACUGACUUUGGAUUAUGAGGAACGGAAACUUUAUUGGGCAGAUGCAAAACUUAAUUUUAUCCACAAAUCAAAUCUGGAUGGGACAAAUCGGCAGGCAGUGGUUAAAGGUUCCCUUCCACAUCCUUUUGCCUUGACGUUAUUUGAGGACACGCUGUACUGGACUGACUGGAACACACACUCCAUUUUGGCUUGCAACAAGUACACUGGCGAGGGUCUGCGUGAAAUCCAUUCUAACAUCUUCUCUCCCAUGGAUAUACAUGCCUUCAGCCAACAGAGGCAGCCAAAUGCUACCAAUCCAUGUGGAAUUGAUAAUGGUGGUUGUUCCCACUUGUGUUUGAUGUCUCCAGUCAAGCCUUUUUAUCAGUGUGCUUGCCCCACUGGAGUCAAACUCCUGGAGGAUGGGAAAACUUGCAAAGAUGGCGCUACUGAAUUACUGCUUUUAGCCCGAAGGACAGACUUGAGACGCAUUUCUUUGGAUACACCAGACUUCACAGACAUCGUUUUACAGUUAGAAGAUAUCCGCCAUGCCAUUGCUAUCGAUUACGAUCCUGUGGAAGGCUAUAUCUACUGGACCGAUGACGAAGUCAGGGCCAUACGCCGCUCCUUCAUUGAUGGGACUGGCAGUCAGUUUGUGGUCACCGCUCAGAUUGCACAUCCUGAUGGUAUUGCUGUUGACUGGGUGGCCCGAAAUCUUUAUUGGACAGACACUGGCACUGAUCGGAUAGAAGUGACAAGGCUCAAUGGUACCAUGAGGAAGAUCUUGAUUUCAGAGGACUUAGAGGAACCCCGGGCUAUUGUGUUAGAUCCCAUGGUUGGGUACAUGUAUUGGACUGACUGGGGAGAAAUCCCAAAAAUUGAGCGAGCAGCUCUGGACGGUUCUGACCGAGUAGUGUUGGUUAACACUUCUCUUGGGUGGCCAAAUGGUUUAGCCUUGGAUUAUGAUGAAGGCAAAAUAUACUGGGGAGAUGCCAAAACAGACAAAAUUGAGGUUAUGAAUACCGAUGGCACUGGAAGACGAGUGCUAGUGGAAGACAAAAUUCCUCACAUAUUUGGGUUUACUUUGUUGGGUGACUAUGUUUACUGGACUGACUGGCAGAGGCGGAGCAUUGAAAGAGUGCACAAACGAAGUGCAGAGAGGGAAAUCAUCAUAGAUCAGCUCCCUGACCUCAUGGGCCUGAAGGCCACAAAUGUUCAUCGAAUCAUUGGUUCCAACCCCUGUGCUGAGGAAAAUGGGGGAUGCAGCCAUCUUUGCCUCUAUAGACCUCAGGGCCUUCGCUGUGCCUGUCCCAUUGGCUUCGAACUCAUCAGUGACAUGAAGACUUGCAUUGUCCCAGAGGCUUUCCUUUUGUUUUCUCGAAGAGCAGAUAUCAGGCGAAUUUCUUUGGAAACUAACAAUAAUAAUGUGGCCAUUCCGCUCACUGGUGUCAAAGAAGCUUCUGCUUUGGACUUUGAUGUGACAGACAACCGAAUUUACUGGACUGAUAUAUCACUCAAGACCAUCAGCAGAGCCUUUAUGAAUGGCAGUGCACUGGAACAUGUGGUGGAAUUCGGCUUAGAUUAUCCAGAAGGCAUGGCGGUAGACUGGCUUGGGAAGAACUUGUACUGGGCAGACACAGGAACAAAUCGAAUCGAGGCGUCGAAGUUGGAUGGACAGCACCGGCAAGUUCUGGUGUGGAAAGACCUAGACAGUCCCAGAGCUCUUGCGUUGGACCCCGCUGAAGGAUUUAUGUAUUGGACUGAAUGGGGUGGAAAACCUAAGAUAGACAGAGCUGCCAUGGACGGAAGUGAACGUACUACGUUAGUUCCCAAUGUGGGGCGUGCAAAUGGCCUAACGAUUGAUUAUGCUAAAAGGAGACUCUACUGGACAGACCUGGACACCAACUUAAUAGAAUCUUCAAAUAUGCUGGGACUCAACCGUGAAGUUAUAGCAGAUGACUUGCCUCAUCCUUUUGGCUUAACUCAGUACCAAGAUUACAUCUACUGGACGGACUGGAGCCGACGCAGCAUUGAGCGUGCCAACAAAACUAGUGGCCAAAACCGCACCAUCAUUCAGGGCCAUUUGGAUUAUGUGAUGGACAUCCUCGUCUUUCACUCCUCUCGGCAGGCUGGGUGGAAUGAGUGUGCUUCCAGCAAUGGGCACUGCUCCCACCUCUGCUUGGCUGUGCCAGUUGGAGGUUAUGUGUGUGGAUGCCCCGCCCACUACUCUCUCAAUGCUGACAACAGGACUUGCAGUGCUCCAACUACUUUCCUGCUCUUCAGUCAAAAAAGUGCGAUCAACCGCAUGGUAAUUGAUGAACAGCAGAGCCCUGACAUCAUCCUUCCUAUCCACAGCCUUCGGAAUGUCCGGGCCAUUGACUAUGACCCACUGGACAAGCAACUAUAUUGGAUUGAUUCACGACAAAACAUGAUCCGAAAAGCUCAAGAGGAUGGCAGCCAGGGCUUUACUGUGGUUGUGAGUUCAGUUCCAAAUCAAAACCUAGAAAUACAACCCUAUGACCUCAGCAUUGAUAUUUAUAGCCGCUACAUCUACUGGACUUGUGAGGCCACCAAUGUCAUUAAUGUAACAAGAUUAGAUGGGAGAUCAAUUGGAGUGGUGCUAAAAGGCGAGCAAGACAGACCUCGAGCCAUUGUGGUAAACCCAGAGAAAGGGUAUAUGUAUUUUACCAAUCUUCAGGAAAGGUCUCCGAAAAUUGAACGAGCUGCUCUGGAUGGAACAGAACGGGAGGUCCUCUUUUUCAGUGGCUUGAGUAAGCCAAUUGCUUUAGCCCUCGAUAGCAGAUUGGGCAAACUCUUUUGGGCUGAUUCAGAUCUCCGGCGAAUUGAAAGCAGUGAUCUCUCAGGUGCCAACCGAGUAGUAUUAGAGGACUCCAACAUCUUGCAGCCUGUGGGACUGACUGUGUUUGAAAAUUGGCUGUACUGGAUCGAUAAGCAGCAACAAAUGAUUGAAAAAAUUGACAUGACAGGUCGAGAGGGUAGAACCAAAGUCCAAGCUCGAAUUGCUCAGCUCAGUGACAUCCAUGCAGUAAAGGAGCUGAACCUUCAGGAAUAUAGACAGCAUCCCUGUGCUCAGGAUAAUGGUGGCUGUUCACAUAUUUGUCUUGUAAAAGGAGAUGGUACUACAAGGUGCUCUUGCCCUAUGCACUUGGUUCUGCUUCAGGAUGAGCUAUCAUGUGGAGAACCCCCAACAUGUUCUCCUCAGCAGUUUACUUGUUUCACGGGAGAAAUUGACUGCAUCCCUGUGGCUUGGCGAUGUGAUGGGUUUACUGAAUGUGAAGACCACAGCGAUGAGCUUAAUUGUCCUGUGUGCUCAGAGUCCCAGUUCCAGUGCACCAGUGGGCAGUGUAUUGACGGCGUGCUCAGAUGCAAUGGAGAUGCAAAUUGCCAGGAUAAAUCAGAUGAAAAGAACUGUGAAGUGCUUUGUUUAAUUGAUCAGUUCCGCUGUGCCAGUGGUCAGUGCAUUGGAAAACAUAAGAAAUGUGACCACCAUGUGGACUGCAGUGAUAAAUCAGACGAGCUGGAUUGUUAUCCAACCGAGGAGCCAGCACCACCGCCCACCAAUACAGUUGGUUCAGUCAUUGGAGUAAUUGUCACUAUUUUUGUGUCUGGAACCAUAUACUUUAUCUGCCAGAGGAUGUUGUGUCCACGCAUGAAGGGAGAUGGAGAAACCAUGACUAAUGACUAUGUAGUUCAUGGACCAGCUUCUGUGCCCCUUGGUUAUGUGCCACACCCAAGUUCUUUGUCAGGCUCUCUUCCAGGAAUGUCUCGAGGUAAAUCAAUGAUCAGCUCCCUCAGUAUCAUGGGGGGCAGCAGCGGACCGCCUUAUGACCGAGCUCACGUCACAGGAGCCUCAUCCAGUAGUUCUUCAAGCACCAAAGGCACUUACUUCCCGGCAAUUUUGAACCCUCCGCCAUCCCCAGCCACAGAGCGAUCACAUUACACCAUGGAAUUUGGUUAUUCUUCAAACAGUCCUUCCACUCACAGGUCCUACAGCUACAGGCCAUAUAGUUACCGGCACUUUGCACCCCCCACCACGCCCUGCAGCACUGAUGUUUGUGACAGUGACUAUGCCCCCAGCCGGAGAAUGACCUCGGUGGCAGCAGUCAAGGGCUACACUAGUGACUUGAACUAUGACUCAGAGCCUGUGCCCCCACCGCCCACCCCCCGGAGCCAGUACUUGUCAGCGGAAGAGAACUAUGAAAGCUGCCCGCCUUCUCCCUACACCGAGAGGAGCUACUCGCACCACCUGUACCCUCCGCCGCCGUCCCCCUGCACGGACUCCUCCUGAGGAGGGGCCCUCCUCCUCUGACUGCCUCCGACGCAGAAAUGCACACACAGAUCUGGCUGAGGUCUGGAGGGGGGGGGACACGAGAGAGGGCGAGGCAGGCCGUGUACAGUUACAGAUUAUAAGUGGGGUAGGGAAUACUGGAGAUAUUUGUACAGAAGAAAAGGAUAUUUAUAUAUUUUCUUAAAACAGCAGAUUUGCUGCUUGUGCCAUAAAAAUUUGUAUAAAAAUAAAUUUGUACUAAAAGUUUUAUUUUUGCAAACUAAAUACACAGAGCAUGCCUUAAACCCAGUGAAGUGACUGAGUACAAAGGAAAUAGGCAUAAUAAAGGCAUCAGUGACCAGGAGUGUCUGGGCUUUAUUGAUACCAAAAAAAAAAAAGAAGAAGAAGAAGAAAAACUUCAGUCCAUCUCAGAGCAGCAAACCAUAGAUACUUGGAAGUAGCCAAAUAGCCUUCAUGUUAAGUAACAUUCGAGGGCCAACAGGUUUAAGAAAUCCUGAAAAAAAUAAUAAAGGAAGUAAUACUAACUUUGGACAUAGGGCUUUUUUUCUCCAGGAGUCCAACAAUUUCAGUGAGGGAAAUAGGUAUUUAUAAAAAUCCGUUCUGGGUACCGCUGUGGUAGGAAAGGUCAGCCACCUGGCGAGGUGCUGCAGGGCCGGCCGUGUGUGCGUCUCUGUCCGCACCUCCUUCAGAGUCCGGUUCCCCGGGCGUCUUUACCUUCCCUGCUCCCCCAGCAGCUUUGUAGGCCAGUUUGCCAAGAUACGGUUUAUUCAGAGCUUUUUAUCUGAAGGUUAAUUAAGUGGAAUUUUCUAAAUUAAGGUUUCAUUUUAAUAUUUAUACUAGCUCCAUUCCCCUGAAGGCUUAACUCCUCAAUUAGACUGAUGUUUUCACGUAAUGAUCAAAGGUUAGACAUAUUCUUGCUCCUCUUUACUUCUAAGAUUGUUUUAAUGCUCAUUAAACUGUCUUUUUACGACGACACAUAUAGACAAUGUUUAAGAAUUACAAAUUUAGCUAUUAUGUUUUUGUUGUAAAUUAAUCAUAUAUCCUUGCAGUACUUUCAGCAUAUACAUCACAGUAUGAAAUCAUUUUUAUAUAUAUUUUCCUACUAAAAUAUUUUAAUGUGUUCUGGUAAGAGACAAUCUGUGUAAAAGGAGAAUUUUGUUAUCAUAAGGUUUUCCCUUUAUUAACUGUUUGUGACAUUUUCAUGUUUGUUAGGCCAAUUUUUCUCAGAAUGAUGUCUACAUACAUACCUCUUCUAAUGUGUGAUGUGAGUUUAGUAUCUUUCUAUUACCUAAUGUGAAUGUUAGACUUUUUCAAAUUAUCCACAAAUUAUCCUUAUAAUCACCUUGUAUAUAUUUGUGUGGCCUCUCUUACCCCAAUAACGAUUAAGAUUUAACAGAUUUAACAACACAGGUCAAAUGAGAAGGCAAACGGUUAACCUCUCAGCCGGCAGAGCUUGGGUGGAGGGGGUGAUGGAAGGCCCUCGGGGCACCUGCCUGGCCGUGCGGGACAGGCCGCUGCAUCUCCCGGCCGCAGGGGCUGACCUCUGGCCGCAGGGGCUGACCUCUGGCCGCAGGGGCUGACCUCUGGCCGUAGGGGCUGACCUGCGGAACGACAGUAGCGCUGCUCCUCCACCUUGCCAGAAGUUAGUUUUCUGCUUCUCCUGUGUUUUCAGCAUUUCUCUGCUAAAAUUGAAUGUGUUUUUAAACUAGUGUACUUUUUACCUUAACAGAUGUUGGUCAGCUAGUUAUUGAAUGGUUUUUUAAAAAAAAUUCUAUCUUGCUGGGGCUUCAAUUUCAGGACCCAAGAGAAAACAAUGGAAGAAAGGAUUCAGAAUAUCAGCAAGAAUGAAAUACUUCUUUAAGCAAUUAAAAAAUACCUGAGUAAUAAAUGUUUUAGAGAGGAACAAAAGUGGUUUCAGAAUAAUGCUUAGGUUGUUGAGGACACCUAGUUAAGAAUCCGGGACACUUGAUUUUGCAUAUAAAUAAAUGGUGACCCAUCAGUUUCUAUCAUUUCAGUCAGACAAGCGUUAACUCUUCUGUUGAUGGAACCGAGUGCUCACAGCCCGAUAGGAUGGACACUGCGGUUGUAUUCUGCGACACACAGGGGCACUCCGUGCUUAAAUGAAGAUUGAAAGGUUAGCAAUAACUGGGUAUUGGUUAGAAUUUGACAGUUCUGUAUGUUUACAUUUUUUAGUGUGCAUCUUUAUCGGGCAGGCUUCCCGUGCGGGAACUUGCACUAUGACGGACUAAGAAGAACUCCGCCUUGUUGUAUCUCAGUCCAAGUGCUUGUACUGCGAUGGCAAUGGCCUCUUCUUGCAAAAUGCUAAUUUGUGUGCCAAUUUGAAAUUAUUUGAAGGUGGUUCAGUUUAAUCUCAGAAUCCUCUUUCUGGAGUAGUUGAGAUGGAUUUUUAAUAUUUUGGGGAGUACCUUGAAAAUGAGAGAAUUGUGGGGAUUCAGGGAAGAUUUAUUGGCCCUUAGGUUACAUGGACAGUUAAGCUUAAGUCAACUACCUUGUCUUGAUUCAUUUUCCAUUGAGGCGGGGGAUGAAUGAAAUGUCAUUAGCUUUCUUAAAGAUGUAUUUAUUUUGAAUGUUUUAAAGUAUGCCCACUUAUUGGUGUGAUUAGGAUUAUCUGAGAAAUUAACUUUAGCAAAGCAUACAUUCUGUGCACUGUGGUAAGCUAUUCCACAAUGAAGUGGUUUUUUUAUGACCCUGAAAUUUUCUAACUUGACCUUGGUUCCUUCAAGGUCUUUAGAAGACCAGAGAGCCCUGGUCUUCUAAACAGCAGCUCACCGGUUUUGCUCUGAACCUUUAAUACAUUUGAGAACAACUGUUCUAAUAGGCUGACGUGUAUUUGGAAACCUAAUAUAGGUAGAUACAUUGGAAGGGGGGUGGUUUGAGCAGUAAAAUUUUAGUAUAUUUGAGGACUGCAUUUAUUUAAAAACAACUCUGAAGUCAAUAAUUUAUGUAAAGCCAACUCAUUUGAUAUUAGAAUAUUAAAAAUAGCCUCCCUUGGUAUUAGGUAGCAGUUAGUUUUGGGGAAAAUCUUUGCUUUGUUCUAAAGGUAGAUUAAUAAAGAAGACUUGAGAACAGUUGGUAGCUCUGGCUUACCUAGCCUGUUAAUGAGCUGCGUGUAUUUGUGUGACCUGAUAGCAGUAAUCAUGGGAGGCAUUAUUUACUUUGGGUACCAGAGAGGCUCUCUUGACGCACUGUGCUUCUCCGCAAUAAAAGUACUGCUGCUGUUUCCCCAUCUAGCCCUGUGCCUGCAUUAGGUGCUUGGAAGUGUAGUUUUAAAAUUGUUUUGUACCUUGGAGGAGAAAACAUGCCACUCCAUUAAUUUGCUGUAAGAGCCACACAUUGUGUACCACUUUACGUGUAACAAAACUCAACACCAGAAAUCUCGGGCUUUUCAAAUCCCAAAUAUGCCAUGCUCUAUUAAGUUACAGUCUGUCUGGAGUGGCGGGGGGCAUGUGUGUUGGUCGGACAUUUGCAAAUGGGACUGCGCACUAGAUAUAAACAUGAACUGAGUCAUACAGAAGUAAUCGUGUGUUUAAAAUGUUCUCAGAAUUUUUAAACUCAAGAAAUUUAAUUUUACUUGGUAUUUCUUUCCUUAUCCCAAGUCUAAAAUGAGCCAAGAGAAAUAACAGAUGACUUCAGAAAGUGCUGGUAGCCUGUGUGGUUUCUGACUUCUGGGAUGGCCUCAUUUCAUAAUAGUCUCAAAAUUUAGCUCUUGAAAUUCUCAAAGUUUUAGAAGACGUUGGACCUAAAAUAUAUCAUUUUACAUUUGUAUUUUUGAAAGUUCUUAAUUAUGAAUAUUGUGAAUCUGUGUACUCAGGAUAUUUCUGGCUUGAUUUUGUGUAUUCAAAAAAUAUUCAGGACUCUACAGAUAAGAAUUAUAAACUAAGCAAUUUCUUGUACUCAGAAGUGGACUGUAGACCUAACAAAAACUUUGUCCCCCCAUCAUUACUUAGGGUUUGACUAAAAGUUAACACCAAAGAAUUAUAGACAACUGCUUUGGCUUAACUGUCCAUUCUUUUUUAAAUCAGGGUAGAGAUGCACAUAUAUGUCUGUGAAUAUAUAUGUGAAUAUUCUUUUAACAUGGGUAUUAAAAAGAGAGUCUGAUAGAAUGUAAUGUUACGUGAAAAAAGUAUCUGGGGUUAGCAGGGAGAAAUUUUAGGAGAGUAAAGAGGAUCCUGAGAACCUGAAGCUGGACCAGCCUUAUUUGCAAGUGAAGGAUCUGGUGCUGCUUUCAGAUGUUUAUCCCUUGUGUUUUUAAAUUUCUUCUUAAGCUUUAAUCUUCGUUUUGUCUUAAAGUCAGCUGGUGUUUCUUGUUCAUGGACUUCGGUACGAUGGUGCUUUGCAAGGAUGUAUUUAUAUUUUAAUGGCCAACAUUUGGUCAGCCCUUGUCCACUAUUCACUUCCCCCUUUUUGUAAAAUAAGUGCUUUAAUGUAAACUGUAUAAAAAUACCUUGUAUAAAUCCCCCUUUUGAUUAUUACAGUAAGCUGAGCGGUAACAAAUGAAAUGUUGAUUUUUAUAAUAAAACAGUGGAAAAUAAAAGUGUCAUUUCUUUUCAGCAAGAAAUGAAAACCA